AGCACGUUACUUUUGACGUGAGUGUGGGAGCUCGGUCCCCUUCCUUCCUUUUCUGUGUAAAGUUAGUUUGUUGCAGGAACCGUCUUACAAGCUUGAAAGUGCAGAAUUUCACCCUGAACACCGCACAGAAACGAACACACAGCGCUAGGGAGACUUGCUUCCUCUCUGACUUGUAACUAACAUUAUUAUGGCUGGUAGCACCAUCAAGACAGUGUACGAUAUUUUUCAAAGCAUGGAGUACGGACCAGCAGCAACUUCUAGCACCACCACUGCACAGGCCUGGCUGGAUCACCACUCCCGUUCUCUGGGUCUGUUCAUCGAUGGCAAGUUUGUCUGUCAAGCAGACCGACGGAGCUGCUCCCUGACUGACUCUAAAGGUGGUAAUGUGUGCAACACAGUGUGUGCCGUGGAGGAUGACGUUUCCCAGUGCGCCUCCUCUGCUGUUAACGGCUACAAGGCCUGGAGCGGCCUGACGUGCUACCAGAGGGCCAAAGUGCUGCUCAGGUUGGUGAGCGUUCUCGGCCAGCACAGUCAGUGUGUGUCGGAGCUGUGUGAGCUGUGUGGGGCCUCCUGCUCGCCCUCCGCCCUCGUCAGACUGCUGCAAUACUACAGCAGCUGGGCUCAGCUCAGAGACACUCUUAUCACCAACUGGACACCACUAGGUGUGGUGGCAGUAGUUGGCUCUGAUGACUGCUCUCUCUAUUCCCUUUUGCUCAAAGUCCUACCUGCACUGGCCAUGGGCAACUCUGUCAUCAUUGUCCCUGGUCACAGCAAUGGCCCUCCAGCGCUCCUUUUGGCACAGCUUUUUGUGGGAGCAGGACUUCCUGCCGGGGCUCUUAAUGUGGUAACAGGAAGCGACGUUUCGCUGGGGGCCAAAGUGGCCCAGAGUCCCAGCAUCAGCUACGUCACCUACAGCGGCAACAAGCAGGAUGGGGUGAUGCUCUGUAAGGCCACAGCAGGGAUGGGCGUUCCCGUUUCUGUCUCUCCCAUCAUUGGCGCUACGUGUCCCUUCAUCAUCUUUGAGUCAGCCGACAUCGACAGCGCAGUGGAUGAAGUGAUAGAGACGGCCUUCAAGAAGAAAAGAGAGGUCUACUGGGUGUUGUGCGUGCAGGAGAGUGUGCUGGACCAUGUCGUGGCCCGUCUCAGGCUGCGCAUGGCAGGGAUGAAGUGUGUGCUCCUGCACAGUGAUGGAGACAGGCUCCUGGUGGACGCUGCAGUACAGGAAGCUCAGCAGCAAGGGGCCACGUUGGUUCAGUCCUGCUCUGCCCCCCCUUCAGGUGCUCAGUACCCUCCCACGGUGCUCUGCGGGGCGGCCCCCUCCUCUCCGUUUGUGGUCAACCCCUCUCCUGGACCACUGCUGCCUCUCAUGACCUUCAGAAGCAACACAGAAGCAGUGACCCUGGGAAACCACAGUCCUCAUGGCCAGGCAGCCUCUAUCUGGACUGAAGACCUCACCCUGGCUCUGGAGACAGCUAAGAGUCUGUCAGUUGGCUCAGUGUGGGUGAAUUCCAGCUCUGUGUCUGACCCCUGUCUGCCUGUCUCCGGUCACAAAGACAGCGGCACCUGCACUGACGGAGGACAGGAGGGUCUGUACCAGUUUCUACGCCCAUCUUCUUCCUCCUCUCCUCCUCUACCUCGCUCUUCCCCUGUCUCUAUGGACUACUCGAAGUUUGGAACAGCAACCUCCCCGGCUAUCAUUCCUGAUGAGUCCGACCCUGCCAGUGCUCCUAAGUCCUACCAGCAGUUUGUCAGCGGUAAGGCUUGUAAAUCAGUGUCUGGCUGCAGCGUGGCUGUGCAGUCACCAGGGGGCGGCGGCGUGUUAGCCUAUUGUCCAGAUGGAGGCCGGAAAGAUGUCCGUAACGCUGUGGAGGCUGCUGUCAAAGUCCAACCUGGCUGGAUGAAAAAGACUCCGUCUGCACGCGCCCAGUCUCUCUACUCUCUGGCCAAGGGCCUGGAAGCAAAGAAGCGCGACCUAGCUGCUUCAAUCAAAGUUCAGACCAGCCUCUCCAUGGAAGAUGCUGACGAGCAGGUAGAGCUCAGCAUCGGCAGGCUCAGUGAUUGGGCAGCGUACUGUGACAAAGUCCGAGGAGGAGCUCCGCCUGUGCCACAGUCUGGCUCUGCUCUCUCCCUCCCUGAAGCCCUGGGAGUCGUGGGGGUCGUCCUCCCUGACAAGGAUCCCCUCCUCUCUAUGGUAACACUUCUUGGGGCAGCCAUCGCCACUGGUAACGCCAUCAUCAUGGUCCCCAGUCAGAAGUACCCACUACCAGCCUUGGCAUUCAUUCAGGUGCUCCAGUCUUCAGACCUGCCAGCAGGUUUGGUAAAUGUCGUUACAGGAAGUAGAGACCAGCUGACCGUGGCUCUGGCUAAUCACAGUGUCAUCAAGGCCAUCUGGUACUGGGGCAGUGCUGAGGGCUGUCAGUACCUCCAGUACACCUGCACCAGCCCUUUGAAAGUCCUGCGCCUGUUCUGCCAAAAGGACGGGGAGGGGAAAGACUGGGCUCACCCCUCACUCCUGGAAGAGAUGUGGAGAAAUGCCGUCCAGUGGAAGAGUGUCUGGAUUCCUACGGCAUAAGAAGACAGGGGGAGGGAAAUGAAAGAUGGAGGUGACUAACAAAAUAGAGGGGGAAGAGCUGCAGAUACCUACUGUUUUAACAUCAGCCUGUAGAGGUAAUCUCUGAUCUGUAGGUUAUGGAUUUAUACGGAAGGACAAAAAAUGAACUGUGACCAUGAAAAUCACAAGAUGUCAGUGAAAUGAACUGUGAACAGACAACAAACAAACAAAGGUGCAUUCAGGGACGACAGGUCAGACAACAGGGAUUUAUUUACCAGAUUAUGAGUGAGUGAGCGGAAUGAGAAAUCGAGGGGUGAAAUAUAUAAACGGAUUUAAUUUUGAGGUUAUGGCAGGGGAAGACACAGGCAUUCAGUCUGGGAUGGAUUUCCGUAAAAAAAAAAAAAAAUUAUUAAAUACUAAUGAAAACUGAUAAUGAAGGGCUCAUGUUAGCUGCAUUGCUGAUGUAUUGAUGUAUUAACAUCAUUACAUGUACCUUCAUUAGAUAACCAGUGUAGGUUCUUCCUCUCACCUCGUCAAACUAACAAGGGAGUAUAAACACAGAACCAAGUCGACCUGAUGUUUGCUAUUGCUAUGCUAUUUCUGCCGUCAUAAACACAAGUCCUGGUGUCUUUCUACCUUUAUCUUCUGCUAUUUUUUUCCCCAAUAGUCAUCACAGCUCUGCUUGGUUUAUUAGAAGUAUCUUGAAUCUUGAAUGAGUCAGCAUAUGUCUUUUCAGACAGACCUGCAGGUAGCAGAGCCCUGGAUCAAAAAGUAGUUGGAAGACUGUAGAUUAUUGGAAGUAUCACAGAGACAUAGUAGAAUCUAUCAUUGUUUCAGUCAAAUAUCUCAGUGGUUUUUUUGUUUUGUUUUUUUACAACAAUACAACAUAUCUUUUUUUCAGUCUACAACUUAAACUCAUCUGCCUCAGAGUUUUGUCUAUGACUGAGAAAAUAUUGAUCAAUCGUGUGUAAACUCAAUCUGAAUACGCUACUGUACUGUAUACUUAAUUACUGUACAAUAAUACUGUUGCUUUUAGUCAUGGAAGUACACUCUGCGCAAACAUUCUCAGAGAAGUUCACACCAAAACAUCUGUAUGAGUAUUUCCAGAGAAUGACACUGUGGGUCUCACUGUCUAAACAUAACUAAAAGAAGAUUUAAUGAAUGUGCACACUCUUGUCGUAUUUCUUUUUUUAGCAUGGCUUCAUGGAUGGCAACGCCGGUCUGCUGGUGUUGCCAUCCAUACCUCAACAGCUGUUUGACAGAUUGUGUUUGAACAUUGUGUACAGACAUUUAUGCCCCCUUGAGGAUGAAUUGUUAUAAAUUUGGUAAUCCAUUAA